CGGCUAAUGUAGCUCCCGGCCUAUCUCCCAGAGACCCAUUUUGCCUGCCACCUGCUGUAGCAUCGCAUCGAAACAAGCUUCAACUCGCCCAAUUUUCUAUACGCGCAGAUCGAUUUGCACGAACACCCGCGGAGGCCGAAGCUACCACGCAAGCGGCGCGCGCACGUAGCUAAGCACCGAUCAGUAACGUACUUAACAGUUGCUAAACAGUAGCUAGGCACACCACACCAGCAAGCUCAGUGCUCCUCUGUUUCUCGCUUCGUACUCUGCUCAGAGUCAGAUUUCCGUCCGAGGAGCUAUAGCGAGUGGCGUUCGUGACGACGCAGCAAUGGCUGUGGCCAGUAUGCAGGCCGGUAAGCCGCUGAGGCUGAAGGAUCUCCUCGCGCUGGACUGCGACUCGUGCAGCGCCGCGGGCUUCCGCUGCUACCCGCGCCGUCUCUGCGUCGCCCCGCCGGCGGCGCCGGCGCCAAUGCGGCCUCUCUUCGAGCGAUCGCCCUCCCGGCUGCGGCGGCGCCCCGUGCUGCUGCUGUCCCACCUCUCGCGCCGGCUCAGGAGCGGCUUCACGAUCAGCUGGAGGCGCCGCUACGACGAGGAGGAGCCCGGAGCAGAGGCGCCGGCGCCCGUAGCCACCGUGAGCGGCAACGGCUGCUACAACAACACCAGCAGCUCCGACUCGGAGACGUCGUCGUCGUCGGCCGAGAGGAAAUGUUCCGAGUCCGAAGACUUCUCCUCGGCCAGCUCGACGGAGAGCCCGCACGCCGGCGUGGUGGCAACCACCGGAGACAAGCACGAGGGGAUGAAGAGGCGAUCCAAGGGGGUCGGGUUCGGCUCGGAGGCGGACGACAAGGAGCAGCUCAGCCCGGUGGCCGUCAUGGACUUCCCGUUCGACGACGCCGUGGAGGAAGAAGGGAGCGACGACGCCGGCAGCAGCGGGAGCUGGCCUUGUUUCAGCGACAGCCUCGCGCAGCUCCACCAGAGGCGAAACAUACGGCUGCAGUACAAGAUCCGACGGCUCGGGGCCAUCGCCGAGCUCGGCGCCGCCGCGGAUCUUGACGCGCGCUUCGCCGCAUCGGACGACGACACUGUUAACCUCGGCAGCGUCGACCCGACACAACAGCGCCGGUGCUGCUCCGACGACGUGGCGACAGCCGCACCAGCACCACCAUGUUGCCGUAGCGUCAACGAAUGCAAAGACCAGGACGAGCUGCACAGCCUCCUCGAGCUACUAACGGGCACCGUCUCGGUUGCCUGCGGCGUGGACAGCGUCUCCGAGCGGCUCCUCCUCGACUUGUUCGCCGAGACAAGGAAGCCGCCUAGCACGUCGAACAACGACGACGAAGCUGCGGUGAGACUAGCCAAGAGCUGGCUGGAAGGCACGGGGGCCAGGUGGGGCCUGAAGGAGGCGCUGUGCCGCCGGGAGGACCUCGUGGCGGAGAUGGAGGGGUGGUCGGCGCGCGUCGACGGCGAUGAGAGAGAGGGACGCGAGGUGGGCGUGGUGGUCGCCGGCUUCCUGGUUGACGAGCUGGUGCUUGAGCUGGUCAGGGAUCUGCGGCUGCUCGUGUAGGGUUAAUUAUGUUGAAGGGAGGUCUUAAGCAUGUUAAUUACGUUUUCGGUGCCAACGUGAGUGUAAACAUGCCAGGAAGAAAGGAAACUCGCUUAGGUUAGAUAUGGUUCAAGUACAUUUUGGGCGCUGUAAAUGGAAAAAAGUUGCUUUAAUCGUUUUUUAGGCGAAGUAGCUUUAA